AUGGCUCGUAGCGCGGUUGCAUGCCCUUUGGAGGCUGAAGUAUGCCUCAGCGCACCACCUCUCAAGAGCCCCAACAUGCAAGCAACCAUUCAUGAGCAGAUUAGCAGUGCCACCCUGCUCAUUGCCCACAGCAAUGUUCCAAAGCUCGUCUUGCCCUUCCUCCACCUGAAGUAA